GAAGUACACGACCAAUCACAGGCCAAGCAUGGGCGGUUAGUCCUAUCAGUGCCGUAGUCUGGGGUUCUUGCCGCGCCCUUGCGAAAGUGUAUGGAAUCGUAUCGGUGUGUAAAUUUGUAGCGUUUUAGCUUGCUGUGUUUAUGUUCAAGUUAAAUUAACCUUUAUCAUUUUGAACUUUCAAUUUAGUUUGCUUCUUCAUAAUUUGAAUUGGUCUUGAAAUCUGGUUAAAGACUGACAUGGCAGAUGUGGAGAGUAGUAAACUUAAUGGUACAAUAGAAGAAAAUGGUCCCGUUCCAACAUUUGAUCCAGAUGAUCCAGAAAGUCAAAGGCAAAUGUGGAGGCCUCCAGAUAUUGAUCAAGAUAUGAAAGAAAUGGAAAGACGGAAAAGAGUAGAUAUGAUAAUGAAUAGUCAAGUAUUUCGGGAAGAACUGGAACGGAUCAUUGAGUCCCAAAUAAGUGAAGGCUAUCUUCCUGCAAAUUUAGCUGCUCUGCAGCAAGUUACAGAACUUUUGCUUCCAAAUCGUCGCCCAUCAGGUUUCCGGUCUGGAAAUUGUGUUAUACCUAUAAACGAUAUUAGAGGAGUAGAUGGCAUUCGCUAUACUAAACUUGAGAAACUUCUUAGGUGUAAACUUUCUGCUGUGUAUCGAUUAAUAGAUUUAUAUGGAUGGUCUGAAAACAUUUAUAACCAUGUCACAGUUCGUGUUAGUCAAGAUUUAGAACAUUUUCUCCUAAAUCCAUUUGGCUUGCAAUAUCCUGAAGUUACUGCUUCAUCUUUAUUAAAAGUUGACAUGCAAGGAAAUGUUAUUGACCCUGGAUCAACUUCUUUUACUUUCAAUCGUGCCGGUUUUGUCUUGCAUUCUGCUGUUCAUGCUGCAAGGCCUGAUGUAAGAUGUGUUAUUCAUAUACAUCAUCCUCCAUGUGUUGCAGUAUCUGCCAUGAAAACUGGCUUGCUUGCUGUUUCUCAAGAAGCUGCUUUGAUUGGAGAUGUUAGUUAUCAUGAUUAUCAAGGAAUUCUUGUAGAUACAAAAGAAAGAGAACAAAUAGCCAGGGAUCUUGGACCUGUAAACAAAGUGAUGAUUCUUCGAAACCAUGGGGUUAUCGUGUGUGGAGAAUCUAUUGAAGAAGCUUUAUUUUAUUUACAGAAUCUUGUUUUAGCUUGUGAAGCUCAGGUGAGGCUUAUGCCUAUUGGACUUGACAAUAUCCAAAUAAUGUCUGAUGACGCCAAGCAAAGAGUGCGACGCAUAAUAACAGCAAAUCAUGGAGAAGUUGUGGGAAAGGUGGAUUCUUCUACUGAAGAGGACAAAGAUUCAAGGAUGAAACGAUUUAAGGUUUGGGAUCUGGAAUUUGAAGCACAAAUGAGGAUGUUAGAUAAUGCUGGCUUUCGCACUGGUUAUUUGUACAGAUAUCCUCUAAUUAGAGCAGAAAUUCCGCGUCAGAAGAAUGACGUUGAAGUUCCUCCAACAGCUACUUCAUUUGCUCAGUAUCUGGAAGAAGACAAGUGGCUAAGCCCUCUAAAGAAGUUGAUGGAAGGGAAGAAAACGCAUGAGAAAUUGAGGUGGGUCAAUUCACCUAAUGUUUAUCAAAAGGUAGAAGUACUAGAAACUGGAACAAGUGAUCCUAAGAAAAUUACAAAGUGGGUCGAAAAGCCAGAUAGUGGGGACAAUGACUCUUGGGUUCAAGAAGGUUCUCCCUCUCACAGCACACAUGUGAAAAUUGACAGCCCUCAUCAGUUUAUUCCAAAAACUGGUGAUCCAAAUGAAUUUAAACGAAAACAAAAAGAACUGAAAGAAAAUAGAAUGCAUUCUAAAAUUACAGCCGGACCGCAAUCAUCUAUUCUGGAAGGAGUCACCUGGGAAGAAAUUAAAAAAAUGCAGGAUGCACAGUUCACUGCUUCUGGAGAUCAAGUUGUGUUGGUCGGAGCUGCUUCAAAAGGUAUCAUUCAAAGAGAAUUCCAGCAUAAUGCUAUGGUGUAUAAAACAGCUUAUGCAAAAAAUCCUUUUGAUAACAUUUCUGAUCAAGACUUGGAAGAAUACAAAAAAAUAGUGGAAAGAAAAAUGAGAGGUGAAUCGGUUGAAGAAGAUAUACCAGACCAUAUUAAACCGUUAUUGAUGGAGCCUGUAAUGGUAUCAGAUCGCCAAACGGUCAGUUCUCCUGUCCAGGAUCUUAAUACACCUCCACAAUCUCCUACAUCACCAUGUUCAGAUGAAGAAGUUAAGAAAACUGGUUCUGUUCAAAGAUCGUUGUCAGCAAGACUAAGUGUUGAAGCUGCUGAAGAGUUACGAGAAAAGAGUUUUCAGCACCGCACGUUAUCUGAGCGUAAACCGAAAACUAAAAUCACUGCUGAUGUUACGGUGAAUGGCGAGGAAAAGUUGCGAUCUGCUGAAAGUGGAGAUAUAUCUGCUGCAUCAAGGAGCAGUAAAGAAAGCUCUCCCGUAAAAGAAGUUGGUGAUGAAUCUCCUAAAAAGGAUAAGAAGAAAAAGAAGGGUCUUCGCACACCAUCAUUCCUGAAGAAGAAAAAGCAUAAAAAAGAGAAAGAAGAUAAAGAGAAGUUAGCAUCUUAAGUUCAACAUAACGGCUGCCAAGUGAUGUCAUUCAUGUUUAACUGCCAACACUUAUUUACACUUUGGCUUGGUGCUGGAUGUGACUGUUUUGAUAAUUUGAAUGGCCUGCAUUAUUUUUCAACUUGUGUGCUACAUUGGCAUCCUCGUGGGUUAUUCAACAGCAGAAGAAUUUAAAUAGUCACUUCAGCUUACAUCUUCCAUUACGCUACUGGGAACUUUAUCAUGAGCCUUUAGUAAUGUUUAUCACUUUUAUGGAAAUACGAAAUUCUUAAAUUUGAUAUUUUUCCUGUUUUUAUAUGAAAUGUUGGACACCUUCAGUUUUAAAUUUUUAAACUUUUUCUAAGUAUUAAGCUUUGUUUAUAUAUAUAUUAGUAUACAUAAAUUAAGAUUAAUAUUUGGGCAUUUAAAAUGUAUAUUGAGUUAAAUUUUUAAGUCUUUUAUCCAUGACAAUGUUUGUAUGUUUUUAUAAAAGGCAUUUUUUAUAUUGAGUUACGCAGACAUGUGGAGGCAGCUACAUUUAGUUUCCUUUUUAGUACACAGUUUUACUUCAUGACUUCAGAUAAGUACCUUGAAAGUGUUUCCUAUCUGAAACAAAAAGUGCUGGCUAUUUGCAUGUUUGCAUUAAGUUGUCUCCUUGUGAUUUUUCCCAACUUGAGUAUGUGAAUUUACAAGAUUUUAAGUAAAUGUUUAAAACCAUUUUUUUUAUUUUGAAGAGAAUGGUAUAAUUGAUGUAUGAAAAUGUAAGCAUAUGUGCCUGUAUGUAAAUAAAAUUUUACGGUUAGUUUCUGUUAUUAAUACUCAAUUUUGUGAUGCAUAAGGCUAACAUUAAAUUGCUUUGUUCUCUGCCUGGUUUCUGGGACUACGUUAAUCAUUAGUAUUUCAGAGUAUAUUUUGUAAUUUUCUGUAAUAUUGUUGCAAAUUCAGCUCAAUAUAUUUGUAAUGAAAGUUUCCUGAAUUUUCUGUUUCUAUAUGAUUGAAAUCAUUGUUAAUUCUAUUUCACUACUUGAUAUUUGUGCAAUUUGAUGUUAAUUUUUACAUUUUGGAGUUGAUAUUAUGUAUUUCAUCCGUGAUGAAAAUUGUAGUAUAAAUUUUGAAGCUUAGAGCAAUGUCUUAUAUGCAUUUAAUAAAUCUAUUAACUGUA